AUGGCAUCGCAAUUGCAUUUCCUUGACAUCAAAGGGAAGACACUUCUUUCACGAGAUUACAAAGGAGAUGUUGCCACAGAUGCCAUUGACCAAUUUCCACUUUUACUUUUACAAAGUGAAAACGAAGAAGAUGAAAGUCAAUUCAAACCUUAUUUGUCACACCAAGGAGUUCACUACGUGUAUAUACAACAUAAUAAUCUUUAUUUGUGUGCUUUGACCAAGAAGAAUGAGAAUAUUAUGGCAAUGAUUGUAUUUUUAAGUAAAUUAAUUGAAGUAUUAACUCAAUAUUUCAAAUCACUUGAAGAAGAGAGUAUUCGGGAUAAUUUUGUUAUAAUAUAUGAAUUACUUGAUGAAAUGAUGGAUUUUGGAAUCCCUCAAACCACUGAUACAAAGAUUCUUAAGGAAUAUAUUACUCAAGAUUAUUAUAAAUUGAUUAGAAAGGCUCGUAAGGCUGAUCCCAAUGCUGAUUCUAAUACUUUUGUUCAACCGCCUCCUGCAGUCACUAAUGCCGUAUCAUGGCGUAAGGAUGGUAUUGUUUAUAAGAAGAACGAAGCAUUUUUGGAUGUUGUGGAACUGAUCAAUAUGUUAAUCAAUGCCAAUGGUCAAGUACUUAAUAGUGAAAUUUUAGGAGAAGUGAAAAUGAAAUCACAUUUAAGUGGGAUGCCUGAUUUACGACUUGGUUUAAAUGAUAAAGGUAUAUUUACCGGUAGUGGUGGAGGAUUAGGAGAUGCAAGUGCAACAGAGGAUGGUAAAAGUAUUGAAAUGGAAGAUAUCAAAUUUCAUCAAUGUGUUAGAUUAUCAAAAUUUGAAAAUGAUCGUAUUAUAACUUUUAUUCCACCAGAUGGUGAUUUCACACUUAUGUCUUACCGGUUAUCACUGGCUCAAUUUCUUAUGAAACCAUUAAUCUUAGUCACAUGCAAAACGAAAAUUCAUAAACAUUCACGUAUUGAGAUUCUUUGUUCUGUUAAGGCUCAAAUAAAGAAAAAAUCAACAGCUAAUAAUGUGGAAAUUGUUAUUCCUUUACCUGAAGACGCUGAUACUCCUAAAUUUACACCUGAAUAUGGUUCAGUGAAAUACGUGCCUGAAAAGAGUUGUCUUAUAUGGAAAUUAAAGACAUUUGCUGGAGGGAAACAAUAUCAUAUGCGAGGUGAAAUGGGUCUACCAGCGGUAGAAGAUGAUACUGAUCGUACUCUUGGUAAUAAAUUUGGUAAUGGGUUAGUUUCAAAGAAACCUAUCAAGGUUAACUUUUCUAUUCCAUAUUUUACCACUAGUGGAAUCCAAGUACGGUAUUUACGGAUUAACGAGCCUAAAUUACAAUACCAAUCGUAUCCUUGGGUCCGCUACAUCACUCAAUCGGGUGAUGAUUACACUGUACGGAUGAAAUAG